AUGAAUCUCCGCCAGCAAUUGUCCCAGCUCCUCACUAUUGCCUACGUAUUUACGUCCGCGUUUGUCGCAUGGAAAACCCUCUCGGUCAUCACAAACUCUCAUUCGCCCAUUGUGGUGGUGUUGUCCGGAUCCAUGGAGCCUGCAUUCCAAAGAGGUGACAUCUUGUUCUUAUGGAACAGAGAUACUCAGGCGAAUGUCGGUGACGUCGUUGUGUACGAGAUCCAGGGGAAGUCCAUUCCUAUUGUGCAUCGUGUUCUUCGUGAGCACCAUAGCGGCGAGAAACAGCUUUUGCUUACGAAAGGUGACAACAACGCGUUGGACGACCUUCUGCUCUACGCCAGAAAGCAGAACUAUUUGAACCAGAAAACUGACUUGGUGGGAACAGUCAAGGGCUACUUGCCGAAGGUGGGUUACGUGACCAUUUUGCUUACAGAAAACAUGUAUUUUAGGUACACAUUAUUGGGACUCAUGGGUCUUUCUGCGAUAUUGUCCAACGAGUAA